AUGCCUACCGGAGCUUCAGGCGACGCGACGGGACAGUCAGUUCCAUCGGCUAUGGGAUACCAAGGACACAUCGAGCCCUUCGAUCCCAACAUGUCGGACGGCUGGGAGUGCUACUUGGAAAGGAUAAACUUGUACUUCGAGGCAAACGGAAUAUCGGAUGCCGGUCGACGCAAGUCAGUUUUCUUGACUUUGUGUGGAUCCGAGACCUACCGCUUGGUUCGGUCGUUGUCGCUUCCUCGAAAACUGGCCGAAUGCUCCUACCAGGAGGUCCACAAUGCCCUGACUGAACAUUUUGCUCCACAGCCGUCGGAGAUCCUUCUGCGAUUCCACUUCCAUAAAAGGGACCAGCAAGAAGGGGAGAGUAUCACGAAGUACAUGGCUGAAAUUCGGAAGCUAAGUGAAUUCUGCAACUUCACGGACUUGGACAAUAUGUUGCGCGGCCGUCUGUCGGCCUUGGAGAUUGCGCUGGCCGCUGAAGCCGCCAACAAGAACGUCUCGGAGAUUAAAGACGCAGCGAAAGAGCUUCACUACGUUUCGAAUCAGGCCACUGGAAAAGUUAAAAAGCGACACCUCUCCAAGGAACAGCGUCGUGAACCCCAAAAGAAUGGCUGUAACCGUUGCGGAGGAAGGAAUCAAUCGUGCCGCUUCAAGAAUGCGGUCUGCAACUUCUGCAGAAAUAAAGGACACCUGGAGUGUGUGUGCUUUGAGAAACAGAAGUCAGCAACGGGAGUUCCUCUCCCAGGACCGCUUAACCACAUCGAGGACGACGUCCUGGACGAGGUGACAAGUUCGAUGUACCACAUGGACCGACAAGGCAAGACAGGGGACGCUGACCCUAUCAUGGUCAAACUUAGACUGGACGGAGCACCAUUGACCAUGGAGGUUGACUCUGGGGCCGGACCUUCCGGCCUCAGCGAGACGGUGUAA